GAAAUGGGAAAUUGCUAGAAGAUGAGGAGGAGAACCCCUGGGCAGUGGCGGCUAUGUUCUUAGAAGCAUGUCCCUUCAUUCUACUGAAUCGCUCCAGAUCUCGAUUACCGGUCUCAACAUUUUCGAAAUUCAAUCCAAUAUUACCCAACAACAACCACUCCCAAAUGUCGGAGAAGAUGGGAUGGAGACCUGGUGUGACGAAGUGAAUGAUCGAUUGGGGAAGAUGAAGAACCAGGUCGGAGAAGAUGAAGAACCCGGCCGGAGAAGAUGAAGAACCCUGCUCGAGAAGAUAAAGAACCGUGAGAUUUGCGAAAUCUAUAGCUUUUCCGUGAGAUUUGUGAUAUUGAUUUCUAUUUAGGGUAUUUCAUGCCCAGGUAAAUGAGAGGGCAUGCAUACCCCUCUAUUAAAUUGCUGCCAUGUGGAUUGAUUAAGUAAAAACUUCAUUUCAUUUUAAAUUUAAAAAAUUGUAGUAAGGCCUUGUCUUGUGCCUCUUGUUAGGAUUGACACACGUCUAAUUAUAGGCAAAGCGCUCCUUCGUCCUUCCAGUACCCGUUCUCUCUCUCCGCCGAGUUCUUCGCGCAGACGGAAGGAAAUUUCCUGCAAAUUCUCGCCUUUCCUACUUCUUCGCGUGAAAUUUGCGAUUUCCCAAGGAUUUAUAUUCCAUCUACAUCCCGGAUCAAUCGCAACGGCUCAACAUUCCAUCUUCACGAAGGAAAAUCUGCAAAUUAGGUAGGUUUUUUCCAAUUUAUUUGGGUAUUUAUGUAUUGUGGAGCAAAAUUCGGUGUUGCGAUUAAGGUGCUGGAUUUUUUUACUUCUUCGCCAUUCACGGAAGAACUAUACCAAAUUUACACAUCCCAUUUUCGCCAAUUACACUUCCCUUCUUCGCCAAAGGAAAGAAUCUGUUUGCGCCAAUUACUCAUCCCUUCUUCGCCAAAGGCAAGAAUCCCUGACAGUAGGUUUCUUUCCAAUCUAAGUCUUAUUCAAUUGGUAUUCCCAUUCAAUUCUUAAAUUUGAUUCAGAUUCACAAUUUUCGCAAUUUUUUUGGCAUCUUCACGGUUUCUUAUUCACAAUUUGGGCGUGUGAGAUUACACGCCUUAUUUACAAUCAUAUAUGCCUAAUCACAUACCUUCUUUCACCAGUUUCCUGAUUUAUGCUCUACCCAUGUAUAGUGAUGAGGAGACCACGAAUUAUAUUGAGAUGGUGUUCAUGUAUGAACAUGUAUCAUAUCGAAUCAAGAAAAGAGUCGUUGACGCCUCGGGUAGUGCUACUUUGGUAGUAUUUGAGAAUGUUGGAUGUUUACUGCUUCAUAACUCGUGUUCCGAAAUGAUGAAAUAUUGUGAGAGUGUCUCGGGUGGAGACAUACAACCAUAUGGCUUCAAUGAGUUAAGGUCAAGCGUGCACACUUCAAUGAGUUCGAUCCUUCCUAUAAUGUGAUUGACAUCUGUUUCAAUAAACAAACCAUCUAAAAUUCAAGGAAAUGUAUUCUACUUUUUUCAGCCCAGGUUUGGACAGCCGUUAACCCACCGUUCGUAACUUAACGGAGACCAAAAAUUUACAAAUUUUAGUAAAGUUGGGAUUAUUAU